AACACGAUUUCGCAAAGAGAUGAGAUUAUGGUAAUGAGAAGAGAUUAUGGUGAGAUUCGUGAACAACUAGUUAAUGCUUUCACCCUCGCAGUAACUUGCGCAAUCACUUAAGAUCGCAUAGUCUCAGACCCACCAAGAAAUUGGUCGACGGAUCUUCAUUGAUAAUCUUCAUUCACAUAAGUCUCAGACCCAGAAGUCAGAACCAGACCUCGAAUUCAAAUCUGCACUUCCAUUAAACAAAAUAAAAAUGCAGAGCUGGUUUUCACUGGGCAGCAGCACCGGCGAGGACAGUCAUCGGAAACCACCGCAACCCACGACGACGUCGUCGUCGUCCACUCUCCUAUCCGAUUGGAACUCGUACGCGUCCUCGAAGGCUUCGGAAGACAGCGGCGGGAGCCUAGUCGGGGUUUUUGACCUCGAAUCUGCUGUCAGGUCCGCCAAUGAUACCGUCACCGGUACCUUCAACGUGGUUUCAAAAGGAGUGAGAGACAUACCAGGGAGCUUGCAGUCUGCCACCAGUAAUAUUCCUUCAGGAAAAUCUCUCAUGUACUUUGGGCUACUUCUAGCAACAGGGGUGUUCUUUAUUUUCAUUGCAUUUACAAUGUUCCUUCCAGUCAUCGUGUUGGUGCCGCAGAAAUUCGCCCUCUGCUUCACUCUCGGAUGUUGCUUGAUCAUUGGGUCAUUCUUUGCUCUUAAAGGUCUAAAGAAUCAGUUGGAGCACAUGUUAUCGAAAGAGAGACUUCCUUUUACAUUGGGAUUCUUAAGCACCAUGGUGGGUACCAUUUAUGUCUCAAUGGCACUACAUAGCUACAUUCUCUCUGUACUCUUCUCUGUACUUCAGGUUAUUGCACUAGCAUACUAUGCCGUAUCAUACUUCCCUGGUGGAUCUACUGGGAUGAAGUUCAUGUUGUCUGGUGUUUCCUCAUCUAUACUGAAAUGCUUUGGCCGGUGAUUUUGCCACCUUAUAGUCCGUGUAUUGUUUUCCACACAAUAUCCUAAGGAUCUAUCAGGGCAUUAGAAUCUGAAUGUUCACUCGUUUACUGGAAAGUUUUGUUCUGGACAUCAGCUUUAUAUGACAACCAAAUGUACAAGGAACUGGGUCUGCUGUAAUCUUUGAUGGUUUUUACAUUGAAUGAGACAUAAACUUGGAUUGGUUUGUAACCUGAAACCUUACGGGCUGCAAUAUGUUUCCGGAUUAUGUUGUUUAAUGCCGAAUGGAGUCCUUAUGAAAGGAUGAUGAUGAGAAA